AAACUUCGUGAAAACACCAAACAAACGGGAGUGCUGUGUGUUUGGAACAGUGCGGUGUUCGAUGUGGUCUAUUUUCGACAGAUUUGUCGUUGGUUUGUUUCGCUGCUUAGUUUCUCCGACCUCCUCAUGGAUCGAGGGGAACGUCUACAUUCGGAAGCUAAUGUAGUCUGUCGCAUCUGCACUCUAUGGGUUUCGUUCUGUUGAGCCAGUAUCGAUUGUCUAAUCAAUUAUCCCGUUACAAAACAUGUCUUUGCGGUGUGUGGCUUGUUACGAAAAUCAUAAGCGACUGAUAGAAUUACCGUUCAACUGUACACUCGAUGAUGUGAAAGUAGCCAUUUCUCUUAGGUUCGAAGAAAUCCUUGAUGUGAGCUCGUCUCUGAUUCAGGUUUUCAAUGAAGAAUUUAGGUGCUAUCUGGAUUAUGAUGAAACUACAAUGCUCAAAGACAAGGACUUGAUCCUUGUCACCGACUCGAAGCGAGAUCCACAGCAAGGACAAUGCAGAAAAUGUGGAGCGCCAGUAGGAAUGGACGCUCCACAGCUCCCGCUGCAGUCGCACACGACUGCACCGCCCCCACAACCCCAUCAUCAUUACCAGGCCAUAUCAUCAACUGCUCCUACCCUGCAGCGUGCAGUACAAGUGCAGCACGCCCCACCGACCGAGCAACAAGCCGCGGCGCUGCACACCUUCAAGUCCGCGGCCGACGUUCCGAACACAUUUAGGAACAGGACUGUGCUGUGGCUCAAUCGUGACAUAAGCCAGUAUACCCUGUACCCUGGGAAUCUGUAUGGUGAAGCAGCUCGUCUACUGGUGCUGCGUUAUGGCCAGCUCCGUGACGCUGUUGGAUAUGAAAUAACUCCGAUGCUUACUGUGCAUUCACACGAGCAGCGUUCCCACGGAUAUACCGUAGCAGAAGAAAAGGCGAAACGCUGCUCACAGGGCGGAAGUUCCUCAGUAUCUCAUGUCAAACCCGUUAAUAUGAUUACAGCCCUUCCCUUGGAUUUUGGUCACAGAACAAAUUGUCAUAUUAAUUGUGUUACGAGUUGUACCAUGCCCUUUACUAAGCUUCAAAAAGCAGAGAAUUACGUAAACUGGUAUGAAAAGAUGAAUAAUGAAGCAUUUUAAAAGAAUAUAUAACGCUUUAUUCCUUGAAAAUGUCGGAGUCUGCGAGAUCCUGGUGGGCGCACGGUCGCUCUUGAAUGUGACGCACAUGUAUCCGCUCCUUCAUUCCGCCAAUCAGCGCUGUUCUUUAGCGCUUUUGCGACACGGUCGAUGAACGCCGUAUGACUACAGCUGGUCACUAUGACCAUGCGACCAGGGACCGAGCUCUUGUAAGCAGGGACUGAAACUGAAAUGAAUAUCGGUUUGGUUACGGUUAAGGUUCAGUGUCAGAAUUCUGAAAGCAGUUACGGUUACAGGAUUCGCCGUUUUAAUAAUUGCAGUUACCGGUUGCC